UAUGUCUGCUUGUCUUACAAAGGGACAACAAAGAACAUAAAUAUCGCCUAAACUCAUGUUCCCUUCAAAAGGCAAUGUAAAAUUGCAUGAAAGCGUCAUUUUGGAUUAUUAGCACAGGAUGGCUGCAAUGAAGUGCUUUGUGAUUUUGGGUGUUCUUUUCAUGGCUGUACAUGCAGCUCCAUUUCUCAAUGAUGACAAAGAACUGGAUAACUUGGCAGCAGAUCUCACUGAAAACAGAGAAGAUUCAAGUGAAUAUGCCAUCUCACGCAAGCUUAGAGAAGCGUCAGAUAUGCUCUCAAAGAUUUCUGCAAUGUUGGAGAAUCAAUGGAGGGACCCACAAAGAAGUAAAAACUCAAAGGGUCGAGGUAGAGGGGGUAAUCAAUCAAAACCUACUCAAACAACACCUACCCGCAAAACACCUGCUGACAUAAACAAUGUCUCUGAUAAAGGAUUUAAUAAUGUAAAAAAAGAACUGAAUCACCUUGAAGCGGAACUCUCAUUUCUACAACGCAUGCUUCCCAUUAUGGAUAUGAAGGUGUUGUAAAGAAAAUUGGCACAAGUAGAAAAAUGACGAACGUGUACGCAUUAAUAAUACGUGUUUACAGAGAUUGUAUGUGUUUAUAUAUCGCACAGUGCAAAAUAUUUUGUCGUGUAUUUUCAUUGAAAAUUGUUAAAUAAUUCUGCACAAUAUAUUCCCUUAUUAAUAUACAUUCUUUUACAUAAAAUAUGGCCUGUUAUUACUUCCACUUUUUGUUCUUUCAAAGUUAAUAUGGUUUGGUUGAUGGAGAUCCUAUCUAUCUGUGACAUGUAAGUCUGUCACAUGGAGUCGGUAUAUGAAAUAAUUCUGGAGCGCAAACAGAUCCCUUAUCUAUGCAAACAAAAUAUUAUACUCGAUAGUGUGUAAUGUAAUGUUUUUUAAAACGGCUUACAGGUUUUCGGUGUUUUUUUUCAGAAUAUAUAUCAAAAAAUCUAGAAUCGUGAU